AUGUACUUGUACGACCAUGGUGCAAUAAACGCUCAUGCCCAACAUUCUGAUCCUGCAGCUAUCGAAGUUCGUUUGAUCACAACUGAUAAGCAAAGCGAAGGCAAAUCUCCUUGCGGCUUGCUUGCUGGACUUGUUCCUGAAUUAUGGCAAGAAGAUGUAAUAUUGCAAUUUAACGGAUCAGUUUCCAACGAUAGCUGUGCACUGGUAAAGAAAAGGAUGGGAGAUGACUUCUUAAUAAUGUAUAAAUCGUGUUCACUGGAAAUGAGAAACAGUUCCAAAGCACCUGAACAAAAUGUCGUAUUAUACCGUCUUGCAGCAACGGAACCAUUUCACACAGUCGACCAACCAUUUUAUCUUAAUUAUCACAGUCUUUUGGUGGAUAGUCUUAACUGGGCUCACUCCAGUUGCCUUUAUAAUGGUUAUAUUGACAAGCAACCGAGUGAGUUACUUUGCUCUUGA